AACAGUAUAUAUAUAUUACGAAUAGUAAAUAAUGUUAAUAAUCUAUAUAUCCUUAAUUCAAAUACCAUCCUUUUCUUUUUAUUAGGAAAUAAGUUGGUUGUUCUAAAAAGAUUUGUUUUAGAUUCUUUUGACUAUUUCAUGUAUAUCUCCUGAUUUUGUUAGCCAAAUCUACAAUGUAAUCUCUAUAUAUAUUUGAAUUAUUGAGCUGAGUGGUCAUGUCUCUUCUCCUUCUACUGUAGUAAAUUCAUGUGAUUAAUCUAAUCUGCACACAUUCAGCGUCACAGCCGCUCUCCUCUCUCGUGACCGUCUUCUCCGGCUCGUCCAGCUCCAGUCCGGACGGCAGACCGUCUUCUCCAGUCGGUGGCGCCGACAGCCCCGCCACUGUGAGCACGAGCGUCCCCCUUCCAGGUGUCCACCCGGCGGCGUGGCAACACAAGUUUCAUUUAAGAUAGGUGAUUUGAAGUAGAAGUUAUUUUUAUUGGUGGAUUAAAAGAAGGAGCUUUGCAGCUGAAUAACUUGAGAUGGAUCAUCAAUGGGUAAAGAAUAGGAAUCGAAUUUCUUCAGAGUAUAUUGAUGGAAUAAAGGAGUUCAUGCAUGUUGCUAGACAAAGUUUGAAUUUAGAUGGAUUAACCUUGUGCCCUUGCAACAACUGUUUGAAUACAAGAUUGCAAAGUAUGGAAGACAUUAAACUUCACUUGAUUGAUGUGGGAAUUGAUACUUCAUACACACGAUGGGUCUACCAUGGUGAGGAAAAAACAGAUGAGGAUUUUGAUGGGGUUUUUGCUAAUGACGAUGUUGGUUUAGAAGCAGGAUUACAUGAUGCAGUCGGUAAUCAAUUUUUUGAUAUUGGGCCGACGGACGAUUUAAUCGAAAACCAACAACCAAAUCAUGAGAAUAAUGCUCGUUAUGAGAAGUUAUUUGAAGCUGUGCAUAAUCCUCUAUAUGAGGGAUGUGGCGAGUCUGCGUUGACUUUUGUUGUGAAGCUAAUGAAUAUUAAAGUGUUGAACAAGUGGAGUGAUAAAUCAUUCGAGAUGCUACUGAAAUUAUUGCACGAGGUAUUGCCCCAAGAUAAUAAUUGCCCCGAUAGUUAUUAUAACACUAGGAAAUUGCUUUGUGAAGUCGGAUUAGGAUACGAUACUAUUGACGUUUGUCUAUAUGAUUGUGCCAUCUUUUAUGGAGAAUACGAAAAUGCUACAGUGUGUCCAGUUUGUAAAAGCGGUCGAUACAUACGUCAUAAGAUUCCACAUAAAAGGUUGCGAUACUUUCCUAUCACGCCUCGUCUAAAGAGACUUUAUGCUUCAAGGCACACGGCUAGAAAUAUGCGUUGGCAUAAAGAAGUUCGUAAAGAAGAGCCCGGUGUCUUACGUCAUCCUGCUGAUGGGAAGGCAUGGAAAAAUUUUGAUGAGUUAUAUCCUGAUUUUGCUUCCGAUUCAAGGAAUGUAAGAAUGGGCCUAGCUUCAGACGGGUUUAAUCCGUUUAGCAAUAUGUCAACAUCACAUAGUAUUUGGCCGGUUAUUUUGAUGCCUUAUAAUAUGCCUCCAUGGUGUACAAUGCAUAAGAGCAACUAUCUCUUGACAUUAUUAAUUCCGGGGCCAAAGUCUCUUGGCAAAGACUUUGAUAUUUUUAUAAGGCCGCUCGUGGAUGAACUUAAAGCUUUGUGGCAAACUGGGGUUCAGACCUAUGAUGAAUAUUCUAAAUCACAAUUCACACUUCGUGCAGCCGUUAUAUGGACAAUAAGUGACUUUCCAGCAUAUGCUUACUUAUCUGGAUGGAGCACGAUGGGAAAAUUAGCAUGUCCAAUAUGUCUAGAGGACACUCGUUAUAGAAGAAUUCGUGGGAAACAAUGUUAUGCAGGUCACCGAUCUUUUUUAGAUGAGACACACACAUGGCGAAGAAGCACAGAAUAUGACGGAAAAGCCGAAAGAAGAAGACCACCUCGUAAAUUUUCCGGUGAGGAUAUUUUGUUACAAUUAGACGGGUUACCUGCAUUGACUCCUGGUAAAGCACCAAAUAAUGAAGACAGGAAGCGCAAACGAGGUGUGGAUGAGUUGAAUUGGACUAAAAAAAGUAUCAUGUUUGAACUGCCAUAUUGGUCGAAGUUGUUAAUGCGUCACAACCUUGAUGUCAUGCACAUAGAAAAGAAUGUUUGCGACAAUAUCAUUGGGACCUUGUUAAACGAUCCUUAUAAAUCUAAGGAUACGCCAAAUGCACGCUUAGACUUGCAGGAUCUCAACAUUCGGAAGGAAUUAUGGCUGAGGAAGAGAAAUGAAAAAUUUGUUAAACCUCACGCAAAUUACACGUUGAGUAAAGUAGAGUGUGUGAAGUUUUGUGAUUUUAUUAAGUCUAUUCGUCUACCAGAUGGGUAUGCAUCAAACAUUAGUCGAUGCGUGAUGAGUUCCAACACACUUGGGGGAAUGAAAACUCAUGAUUGCCAUGUGUUGCUCCAAAAAAUACUACCGGCAGCCAUUCUUCCGUUCUUAGAAAAGAAAAUACGCGUCGCGCUUAUUGAGGUAUCUCAGUUCUUUCAAAAGUUAUGUGCUAAGACAUUAUACGUUAGUGAGCUUGAGGAUAUGAAGAAUGGGAUUGUUAUCUUAUUGUGUAAACUUGAAAAGAUAUUUCCGCCGGCAUUUUUCACUAUUAUGGUCCAUUUAUGUGUCCAUUUACCGGAGCAAGCAUUGUUAGGAGGACCGGUCAACAUGAGAUGGAUGUUUGGGAUUGAACGUCGUAUGGGUACAUAUAAAGGAUAUGUUCGUAAUUUUGCACGCCCUGAUGGAUCUAUCUCUGAAGCAUAUAUUGUUGAUGAGGCGAUUACAUUUCUGUCUCGUUAUUUACUUAAUACUGAGACAAGAUUUACUCGUUUAGAACGAAAUUGGGAUAUAUCUAUUGCAAAAUACUCAAUGGAGAUAUUUAACAACCAAAUUCGCACAUUGGGAGCACCUACUUUUGAACUUUUGAAGGAUUAUCGCAAUACAGCGCACUGGUAUAUUCUAAAUAACUGCGGAGAUACAGUCGACAUUUUCAUAAAUGAGCAUAAAGAAAUUCUACGAUCUAAGAAUAUACGAGAGGAAGAUGUUGAUGGAAUUCAAAAAAAUGAAUUUCCUACUUGGUUCAAGGAAAAGAUGUCUGUUCUUAGAGUUAAUAAUGAUCCUAGAGCUACCGAUGAUUUGUAUUCACUCUCACAAUGGCCGGAUGAUCGCUACCGAAGUUGGUUUAGUUGCAUUGUCAAUGGUGUAAGAUUUCGUUGCAAGAUACGUGAUGACAAGUUCAAGACACAAUGUAGUGGAGUUAGUACAUGGGGUGAUGGAGGGGUUGAUGAUAUCUCGCACUACGGUGUAUUGAUUGAAAUCUUAGAGCUAGACUAUAUCAACCAAAGAAAAGUGUUCUUGUUCCGUUGCAAAUGGUACAAUUCUGAUCCAAUGGGGAAAAGAAUGGUAGUUGAUCACAACUUGACAUCAAUUGAUGUGACAUCUGAAUGGUAUAAAGAUGAACCAUUUAUUUUGGCCACACAAGCUCAACAAGUAUUUUAUUUGCAAGACCUAUCUCGAGGGAAGAAUUGGAUGGUUGUGCAAAAGGUAAACCACCGUAAUAUUUUUGAUAUUGUUGAACGUGAAGAAGGAGAAGAAGAGCCCAUUACCAAUGAAGUAUUUCAAGAGGAUGAUUCAAGUGAAUUGCCACAUUUUCAUCCAACAGAAGAUGUAGUUGAAACAAGUUCAUUGGUUAGAGAAGAUAUUGAUCCAAUCACGAUUCCAGAUGGAUUGAUGAUUUCACUACAUGUUGGAGAUUACGAUGACAUUGGGGAGGAUACGGAUGAAAAUAGUGGCGAUGAAAGAUUUAUCGUCAAUGAUGAAUCCAUUUUAGAGUCUGAUGUUAAUGAAAACUCCAAUGACUCAGAUUUUCAAAGUGAUGAUGAUAUUGAUAGUACAUGAGUAUACACUUAAUACGUGGCUGGUUGAAGGGGAGGACUCCGUGCACCUAGAAGACAUGCCAGUGCAAGCUCGAUUCGAAUUAUGGUAGGGGUUCUUUCGCUUUUGCUAGAUCUAGAGAGAUACUACAAGUUGUCCGUCCCAGAUUCCAUCGCCGCGGCCAUCUGGUUCACCGGUGUAGCCUUCCCAACAUCAAAUUCCCCAAACUCAUAUUUAGAUUUUUACCAAAACUUCACACAACCCUCAAUUCAGCGAUGGUAGCUGCGAGUGCAACCCCAAUCAAGGGCGCCGGAGGCAGGCAAGGCGGCAAGAGGAAGAAAUCAUACCGAGAUCCGUCAAGGUGACGCUCCAAUUCCGGGUUGUGCGCUCCGCUCGUUUUCUGAAGAAGGGGCGCUACGCCCAGGCCCAGCGUAUGGGCACCGGAGCGCCGCGCCCAUCUAUAUGGCUUUUGUGCUCGAGUACCUUGCCGCUGAGGUGUUGGAAUUGGCCGGAAACGCGGCGUGUUACAACAAGAAGAGUAGGAUUGUGUUCAUUCAAGGGUUUUGGGCUUCUUUUGGUUAUGAAAUUCUAGCAUGUGCUUGCCUUUCCUGCUUUCGUCUAUGGCGAAGAAGGUCUGAUUUGGUAUCAGGGGGUUCCAGGAGCUUAUAGCGAGGCUGCUGCUUUAAAAGCAUAUCCAAAAUGUGAGACUGUUCCAUGUGACCACUUUGAGGCUGCAUUCAAGGCAGUUGAGUUGUGGUUAGCAGACUAAGCACUACUUCCCAUCGAGAAUUAAGUUGGAGGGAGCAUUCGUUGGUAACUAUGACUUACUUCUUCGCCAUAGGCUGCAUUCAAGGGUUUUGGGCUUCUUUUUGUUUUUGUUUUUUUUUUUUCUUUUGCUUCUUUUCAUGUCAAGAAUUUUUUAUGUAUUAUUUUUAAUUGUAGGUUCUGGAAUUUUGCUCCUGUUUUUUCUUUUCUAUUCUUGCUUCUCUUUGCACGACCUCAUCUUUGAAUUGAAGAAUUUUCAGUGGAGGCUACUGCUAAAAUGGGUGGAUCUUUUUUGUUUGCUUGAGAAAUUGCUAUAAAUUGGGGGAUAGACUUAUAAUUUGCUGGUGUUAGUUAACUAGUUCGUGAUUUGAAAAAUAAUGAGUAUGAUUCGGUAAGCUCUUGACGUUGGAGGGUUCUGUAGAAUGCUACUGAAAGUAUGUUUUGUUAUUUAACUGGAUGGCAUUGCAAAGCCUAAACUAUCUGACAUUCGUGCAGGUUAUUGUGGGAGAAACAGUAAUGCUGUAAACAUGGGGAAUAAGGGAAGCUGGUUUUCAGCAAUCAAAAGGAAAUGAGUACAUUGACAAGGCCGAAACACUAUGCCAGAAGCGUGCAGUGGAAGCAUUCCGGUUGGACCCUGCAAAAUGGGGAGUAAACGUGCAGCCUCUAUCAGGAUCUCCAGCAAACUUUCAUGUUUACACUGCUUUACUUAAACCGCAUGACAGAAUUAUGGCACUUGAUCUUCCUCAUGGAGGGCAUCUUUCUCAUGGUUACCAGGACUUGCUAACUGGUGGUACGGACCCCAUUGUGAAAUCGAGGAUUGCAAAAAAGUUGCAGGGUAAAAGGUCGCAGAUGCUCAUCAACCCAUGGAGCAUAGGAUGUAAACAAUAGGACUUGUUUCCUUCUUUCAUUUUCUUUCUUUUUAGGAAGACACUUCGAAUUAUAUGUUUAUCAAUGUAUCUAUCAUUGUAUGCGAUACAUGAAAAGAUUGUAUUUCAUAAUUCAUUAUAUUUGAUUCA